AUGCAUAGAGAGCGAUCUUAUCAGCGCGAUGACACUUUACCUUUAGCGUCCUAUUCUACUCCUUCAAGUCGCCCACCUUCUAUUCGGUCUACUUCAUCUUAUGGUCGCCACUUCACCAACAAUCGGUUUAUACAUAGUUCUGGUAGUGGACAUCAUUCUCGUCGACAUUCCAAUUAUUCCAACUUUAGUACAAUGAGUGAGACAUCAUUACCUUGGACAACAAAAGAUAUUGGUUUCAACGCCAUCUCUGGUGUUUUGAACGACCCUGCCAAACGAGGUCAAGGAACAGUGAAACCAAGCAAGACUGAUAUUGCACCUGUACCUCAAGCAUCUAUUCCUCGGAUUCGUCCUACUGAUUUCGACGAUUAUAUUACCCACAUUACGCCUGUGUUUGAACGAUACCAAUACAAUAAACUCACCAAUCAUGAUGAUGACAAUAAUAAUAAUACUUCAUCUACUUAUGGAUUACAGCCUGAUACCACUCCUCAUAUUGGCGGUUUGGAAGAUAUUAAUGUACCAGCACAUCAACGUCAAAGCAGUCGGAAUCCUUACAGUUUACCUCCUCAACAUAUACUUUCAUCCGAUUCUCUCGUCAGCAUGGAUUCUUCUUCGUCACCACAACAACGCGAUCUGCCCAUGCUUGAAAAUGUGCCGUCCAUCUAUUUUGAACAAGACUUUCACCUGGAAAACCCACGGACAUUUGACACGGUAUGUGAAGGUGCAGAUAUCAUUGGCCAUAACAGCAACAAUCCUCCCGUCUCCACCAAUAGCAUCUUACAAGAAAAGUUAUCUUACUAUCUAGAUACCGUGGAAGUCCACUUACUCCAAGAAAUCGAAAAUCGCUCAUCCUCCUUUUUUGAAGCGUUAUCCAAUCUACAAGCUCUUCAUCAACAAACACUUGACUGUAUCACUCAAAUACAUACCAUUCGAAGCAAGAUGAAACAACUGGAAAAAACGGAAUGCAAGGACGGACUUGAUGUGAUUCGACUUCAGGUGAAAAAACGCAACCUUGAACGACUAUAUUGCACGAUUGUAACCAUCAAAGAGAUUGUCUCAGUACAACCAACCAUUCAAAUUUUACUGGGUCAUGGUGAUUAUUUUGGAGCUUUGGAUUUGAUUCACGCAACACGAUCGACGUUACACCAACAAGAUACAGUGGAUUGGCAUUCUAUUCAUGCCUUGGUGAAUUUAUCGACACAAUUGGAUGAAAUGGAGAAAGCCGUGUCAGCCAUGAUGCAACAUGAUUUCUUGUCCAUGCUAUUGACUGAUUUGACUCAAUUUAUGAAUGAUUUAGAUGUGGCAUUGGUCAAAGGAUCCUUUUUAUCACUAUCUAUCACUGAUGAUGAUGAUGAUGAUAAUGACACUACCUCUGAACGUCUUCAAUUGGAUGAUGAUUUACCUGUUGGAUUCAAGGAUCGAUUGACUUCAAGUAUGAUGGGUUUGAUUUCAACCAAUGCAUUGACCACUUGUCUUCAAGAUUAUAAGGAUCAACUUUGUGUUGAACUCACAAGUACUAUUCGUAAGCAUUAUCCAUUGGUGGUAUCUCAAGAUGAUGGUGAUUCUCAAGGUAGUGGAACGGGACUUGCCAAACGAUUGAAAUCCAUGCCAUUUGAUCAAUUUUUUCAAAUGUUACUGGCUAUUUUUGGUACAUUAUUACAAGUGAUUCAACGAGCAGCUGUGUAUGAUCAAUUGAUGAUGCAGAUGAUCGAUACGUGUUUGGAACGCCUCAAUGAUCAACUCAAGGAACAAUGUGAAUUGGCCAAAAAACAAUCCAAUGAAGUGGUAUAUACAGUGUCGGAUCUUGCCCAUGUACGAUGUGGUAAACUUAUUGGUUUUCGUGGUGAUCAAAAUGCUUUAUUGAAUCCUACGGAUUUUUAUCGUCUUUCCAAUGUUCUCAAGACUUUUAUUCGUCAAUCUGAAAUGUAUUGUGGACGUCCAUGUUUUGGAUUACGUGGCACUGUGCUUUCUCAGCAAAAAGCAUUUGUGGAUCAUUUUCAUAUGGAACGUGUCAAACAAGAAGCUCAAUUGAUUGAAAAUGAUCAAUGGAUGGCAACUGAAGUACCUUUGGACUUCCAACGGAUUGUGGAUCGUAUCUGCGAUAGCAAUAGAGAAACUACAUCUCAUCAAGAACCGGAAAAAGCAACAAAACUAUUGAUGAUUCAUGGACAGUCUUAUUAUGUGGUUGGAUGUACAUUGUUGAUCAUCAAGUUAUUUGAAGAUUAUUUACAGUGUGUUUUGAACUUGAAAGAUAUGGCAACGGAUAUCAUGCAAAAAUUAUUGGAAUUACUCAAACUUUUCAAUUCUCGAGUAUGUCAAGUUAUUCUAGGUGCUGGGGCAAUGCGAUCUGCAGGAUUGAAAAAUAUAUCUGCUAAACAUUUGGCACUUGCAUCACAAUCAGUAGGUGUGAUGAUGGCUUUGACUCCAUCAUUAAAGGAUUGUAUGGCUUGUUACGUACCAGCAAAACAUGACAUUUUAUUAUCAGAAUUUGAUCGUGCCGUGAAUGAUUUCAAGGAUCAUCAAAAGGAAAUCCAUGUCAAACUAGUGGCGAUUAUGAAUGAACGAUUCUCAGUGCAUAUCAAGGCGAUGCAGGUCAUCCAAUGGGACACUGAUGAGAUUUCUGGCAAACAGGCCAAUGUCUACAUGGAGACUUUGGUCAAGGAAACAAUGACUCUACAUAAAGUGUUAAGCAAAUAUUUACCAUCGACCGAUUUACAGUUUAUUAUGGAUCAAGUAUUUGAAUCAUUCACUACACAAUUGUCUCAAGUCAUUCGACAAACUCCUAUUCAUACUGAAGAAGGAAAAGCCCGUAUCCACAAAGAUGCUUCUUACUUCACUCGUCGAUUAUCCUCUCUUCAAGGCGUCGAUGGUCCUUCUCAUCAAGUUUUAGAUGCUGUAGAAUCCAUUUCUAUCUCUCAUGAAGAAAAAACAGAUACUACUUAG